AUACAUGUUAUUUGAAGGCAACUGUUAGAAUUUCGAAAACAACAUCCAUUUGGAAUUACUUCUGUUCGGAUUGUCUUCAAGAAUGUUCAACUGUUAGUUUUACUGUUACACCAUCUUCAGUAGCAGCACCAUCUUUGCCUUAUGCAUAUAUAACUAAAACAUUUGUUGAAUCACUUUCUAUACCAUUACCGUCAAACUGGUCAACUAAUUGGCUAUAUGAAGUUCAAAAUAAUUUUGUUUCACUUGAAGUUGUAUGUGAAUCAACUCAAGUAGAAAACUAUACACAACAAGCAUCACUUAGUCUAGUUGAUGUUCUUUCAAAUGUUGGUGGUCAAACAGGAUUAUGGAUUGGAAUUAGUUUCUUAUCAGUUAUGGAAUUUAUAGAAAUGCUUUAUCGUAUUCUUCGAUAUGAAUUUCACAUUAUUCGAAGAGCUAUAAUAAAUAAAUUAUACAUGAACAACACAUAA